AUGGUAACCGCCAUCGAAACGACGUUCAAGCAACAAGAGUCUCCGGAGGCCAGCGGGGAGUCAAUGCACAUGUUGCAGGCGCGAAGCAAAUACGCGAAAAAAGCGAAGCAAAAGACUGGAUACGAUCUCUUCAUGUUGGAAAUGAAGGAUGUUUCCCAAGCUCUCAAGCAAACUGAACCCGAUGCCAACUUCGUGAAGCAAAAUUAUAGUGGAAAGUGGAAGGAGCUCCCAGCAAGUGAAAAACAAGGCUACAAGGAUCGGGCUUCGACUAUGUUUCCGCAGAAUACCGUGGAGCGUGUGACCGACGCCAAUUUGGGCAUCAAAAGAAGAAGCUACUAG